AUGGAUCAUAAUCAAGAAUUCCAAACCCAUCGAGCUCAACAUAACGACUAUGGUUUUCACGAUUUCAUCAAUGAAGGCAAUCUUGGGCAGUUCAUCGAUCUCGUCAGAUAUGAAAAUGGAGAGCCCAUUACCAAUUUCAACCCAACUGCUUAUGAUGCAGCAGCGGCUGAGUUCAUGUACUGUGGUGGAUUGGUUUCUGAUCACAACCAAUUCUAUAAUACAACUACCCAAGAAUCUCAAGGGAUGAACGUGUUUGAUUUCAACUCAUCCCUCGGCACUUCAGAUGUUCCAAACUAUAUACUUUAUUCAUUACCACUCGCCGGUGGUGAAGAAGUCGAAGUUGAGAUGGACGACGACGAUGAGAAUGAUGAGGACGAUUCAUCCGUGACAACAAGCGCCGGACAUGUGAAGCGAUCAUCAAAUAAAGCUGAUCGUUCAAAGACCUUGAUUUUCGAGCGGCGACGAAGGGGCCGGAUGAAGGAGAAGCUCUAUGCUUUGCGGUCCUUGGUACCCAACAUUACCAAGAUGGACACCGCCUCCAUUGUAGGGGAUGCAGUGGAGUAUGUGACAAAGCUGCAAAUGGAAGCUAGGAAGUUAAGUGUUGAAAUUGCAGAACUUGGAUCAUCGCUUGAAGGUGGAGUAGGGAGACCACAAGAUUUGGGUGAUGAUAUGAGCAAUGCCAAAGCUGGACGAGAGAAGAAGCUUCCAAGUUGCAAGAAGAUAAUGCAGAUGGAGGUGUUUGAAGAAGAAGAAAAAGGUUACUAUGUGAGAUUGACAUGCAACAAAGGAGAAGGGGUAGUAGUAGCUCUUUUCAAGGCACUUGAGUCCCUUACGCGAUUUGACGUACAGAGAUCUAACUUCGCUGUGGCUUCUGAGAGAUCCGUCAUGACAUUUAACCUCAACCAGGUUAAAGAAUGUGGGGAGGAGAUGAAAAUAUCCACAUUAAAGAUAUGGGUGACGGGGGCUCUUCUCAACCAGGGAUUCGAAUUCAUUAGUCCAGUAGCUUCUUAA